UAGUGAAAGUCAAAAUGUCAAAACCAUUUUCCUCCUUCCUUAAGUUUGAACUAAUAUAAGAAGGAAAACCCAAAUAACCCGAAUAUUGCGCCGUAAUCGGACGCCGCACUUGUCGCCGUCGACGGAGAUCCAAAAUGAGGGCUGUAGUUCAGCGUGUUGUUUCAGCUAGUGUAGAGCAAUUUUGCAGGUAGAAGGGCGUAUAGUAUCAGCAAUCGGGCCGGGCUUGCUGGUUCUGGUCGGGCUUCAUGAAUCUGACGUUGACUCUGAUGCUGACUACAUAUGUCGCAAAGUGUUGAAUAUGAGACUGUUCCCAAAUGAGGAAACUGGAAAGACAUGGGAUCACAGUAAUCUUCAAGUUCUGCCAUGACUGAAGCUCCUUAACAUGGUAUCAGAGCUCGGUGCUCGAUCUCCUCAAGCUCAGCUGUGAGAGAACUUGAAUAAUCCAACUGUAUCGAAGCAUCAACCUUUCAUUGAUUUGAUCGAGCAAUUUCUCAACACAGAAAUCUCUCUGCUCAACCUAAAGUUUGGGAAUUUUUUAUUUUCUGGUUGAAUCGCGGUCAGAUCGUGUCUAAAUUUGUGUGGAUUUGAUAAAAUUGUGAAGAUCUCCGGUAAAGCAUUUGUUACUGUGAUAAUGUCGAUCAAUGAAGAGGUAGUUGGUUCUCCUGUUGCUGUUUCAAUGUCCACACCUACUACAAAACUUGUCGACCACAAUCACCCUCUCUACAUUCAUCCUUCCGAUACUCAAGGCUGUGUGCUCAUUUCUAUUCAACUUCAAGUGAGUCAGUUUACACUGUACGGGAUUUUGAAGGGAAACAAGCCGGAUUUUCACGUUGCAAUGCCUCCUGAGAAAGCAAAACCCUUCUAUGCCUCUUUGGUUGAGAAAUUUCAGAAAGCUUACAAACAGGAUGCAGUCAAAGAUGGUAUCUUUGGAGCAAUGAUGAAGGUCAACUUGGUUAAUGAUGGUCCUGUCACGAUGCAUCUUGAUUCAGCACAACCGUCAAAAUGAGACAUGAAACAAUUGAUGAAGUGAUUCCUAUGCGCUUUUGUAGCAGUUUGGAUGAUAAAUCUCAUAUCCUGAAAGCCAACAAGUGUUGGGUUAUUCAUUCAUAAAAAUUUUGUAACCUGAAAUCUCGAAAGGAGUCAAAAAGGGGGAAAAGAACAAUUUCUUCCCCUACCUUAACAAGAAAUGUAAAGAAAGUACCCAGGUGGAAUUUUAUUAUUCGCACAUGAUUAUACUCCAAACUCUUUCAUUUGGAUUUAAGUGUCAUGGAUAUGAACCUUCAGUUUA